AUGAGGGGAAAACAGACAGACAGGGACCUCAGGAAGUUCAAGAAGAGGAAGUGCAAAGUCCUGCAGUCCUGCACCUGGGGAGAAACAGUCCCAGGCACCAGUACAUGCUGGGGGCCACCCAAUGGAAAGCAGCUCAGCAGGAAAGACCUGAGAUCUCCUGGUGAUUACCAAGUUGAAUGUAAAAAUCGAGAAUUGCUUUACAAGGCGCAGGAGGCACUUGUGCUGGGACUCCACUGUACCUGGCAGCCAGCUACCACCAAGCUGCAGGUCCCCAUCCCCGUGCCCCACAGCGCCGAGGCCAAGGCAGCCCCCGACCUGCCCAAGCCACCGCUUUUCACCCCCAACUCCUGCAAAGGUACCCAGACCCCCCUGGAGAAGGAGGAGACAAAGCCUUUUGACCUCCUCCACCCACGGGAGUUUCCCCAGCUGAGCCGCCACACCGUCAUCAAGAUGGGCGGCGAGAACGAGGCGCUGGACCUCUCCAUGAAAGGGCCACCUGUGCCCCGGGCCAGCGAGGCUGCCCCACCACCGCCGCCCGAGGACGGGGCCCUGGACCUGUCCCUCGCCUCUUGCCGUAAGCCGGGGGGACCCCACGGGGAGGCAGCCAGCACCAGCCCUGCCACCGCUGCUGAGGCGGGUGCUCACCCUGCGCAGGACAAGCUCCCCGGCCCAGCCGCCCCCUUCGCCCCCUGCAAGCCCCAGGAGGCGUCGGGCAAGGUGGAGGGCAGGGGGGCAAGCAGCGGGCCGGCUGAGCUGCUGCGACAGCCGCAGAAGUGGCUGGUGGAGCAGGCGGGCAGGGCGGGCUGCGAGCCCAAGGCCGGCAACAACAUCGAGAUCGUCAGCACCUCGCAGACAGCCAAAGUCAUCGUCUCCGUCAAGGACGCCGUGCCCACCAUCUUCUGCGGCAAGAUCAAGGGCCUGUCCGGGGUCUCCACCAAAAACUUUUCCUUCAAAAGGGACCUGCCCCAGGACUCGGUGCUGCAGUGCUAUGACGUGAAGAGCCCGCCCGAGCCCCGGGACAGCGCUGAGGCCCUCAGGAAACCCGUCAAAAACAGGAGCGUAAAGCUAAAGAAAAUGAACUCGCCGGAGAUACAUAUUCUUCCAAUCAAGAAGCAACGGCUCGCUGCCUUUUUUCCAAGAAAGUAAAUUAUGGGUUUUUAGAAUUUUAAGAUUAUUAUGAGAAGAAGAAAAAAAACUAAUAAAAAAGAUGCACUUGGUUUUAAACUCAUUUAAAACUUUAAACUAUCUUUGUAAGUUAUUUUUGGGGGAAGGGGGAGAGGAUUGGAUGUAGAGUCCCUAUAAGCUGGGUUGGUUUUUCUUUUUCCUUUCCUUUUUUUUGUUAUCAAAUUUUGACUUUUCAUGGGAAACUGAAUAAAAAGCAACCUAUUUUUCAAGCAGAUUGCACAUUUUGCAGCUUUAAUGGAGUAAUGGAUGAGUCAGAGUGGUAAGAGCUAUUUUCACUGCCAUAAAGUGCUUUGAUGAUGUAAUUCUUCAUAACGGUUGGAAUGGAAAUUUCAAAAUAAAUGUUUGUACGUGCUAA